ACAACAGCAACAGUAAGCAGUCGAAUGGUUGCUUGGUGGGGAACUGGCUGGUUGACGUAGAUCGCUGCAUGAAAUAUCAACCACAACGGUUUGCACUUCCAUUCAAAAGAGUCUCGAACGUCGUUGUGAUAGUAGUCGAGUUUUUAAAGACCUGCUUGCUUUCUCUGUUUGCGUAGUGUUGUGUAGAUAUAUUUUAAGUUUGCUAGUGUGCUGUCCAGUGAUUGUAUAAAACAGAAAUCUUAGUGGUUGUUUUGUUUCCUUAAAAAUAUAAAAGAAGAAGAUACUGUGACUGGUUCCAGAACCAGUACGCGCCGAUCUUUUUGAACUUCUGUGGAAAUAGUUUCCAAAAAUGUGCGUGUCCAAUAUCGCGAUGCUACCAAUGUAUCUGAACGUUGUAGCAUCUAAAGGGAAAGAUGCGUACACAGGAUUAAUUUCGGAACUGACGUGCACCAAGUGCAGAACGAUUCCGUCGAAAGAAAAAAAUAUCGAUAUACCGGGAUUCUGGAGUUCGCAAAGUAGACCUAAUGAAAAAACCCCGGAGUCGCCAAACACGACGUUCAAACGAUGGCGUAGAAGUAGCGGAAUUAAGCCGCAAUCCCUUAAAUCUAGCUCGAAACCACCCCCGUCGGAUAAGAGCCAAAAUGAGGAAAUGUCGCUAUUGAAAUUUCUGGCAAUUAAUGCCUUAGAUCUAAGCGCGCCAGCGAGUGAUGUUUUGCUGAAGAGUCGAAGCAAUAGCUGGUUCCAGCUGAGUGGGCAUCCAGAUUCAUUAGCACCCGCAGGACCGGGUACAGUCUGGAAGAAAUUGGGAUUUCAUUCCGACAAUACAGAACGAAAGGUGUACGAAGAGUUGUCACAAGAUCCUAAUCUACGUGACAUUAUUCCCAAAUAUUAUCGGGAAGUGGAAUACAAAGGAGAAAAAUUCAUCGAACUGCAAGACCUCCUACAUGGGUUUAGGGAUCCUCACGUGAUUGACAUCAAAAUGGGAACGCGAACGUUUCUGGAAUCAGAAGUCGAAAACACCAAAGCUCGCAGAGACUUGUACCAGAAAAUGAUCUCGAUAGACCCAUCUGCUCCGACUUCGGAAGAACACGAGAUUCAAGCAGUCACCAAACUGCGAUACAUGCAAUUUCGAGAACUUCAGUCUUCCACUUGCAGUCAUGGAUUCAGAAUAGAAGCCAUGAAAACUAGAGGAUAUCCACCAGUCACGGAUCUUAAGACUGUUAAAUCCGAUAAAGACGUUACAAGCACACUAAAAAUGUUCUUAAAUGGUCAUGAGAAAGUGAGGAAGAAGCUGCUGAAAAGACUGUGUGAAAUAAGAUCAAAAGUCGAUAAGUCUGAUUACUUUCAGACACAUGAAAUCAUUGGAAGCAGUGUGUUUAUUAUUUAUGAUGAUGAAAAAGUGGGAGCUUGGAUUAUAGACUUUGCUAAAACGAACAAGCUUCCUGAAGGCGUUACAGUAGACCACCGAAGCCCAUGGGUGCAAGGAAACCACGAAGAAGGCUUCCUUUUUGGCCUCGAUCAACUUAUCACGACUAUCGAGGAAUGUGGUUCAAAGUAAAUUAGUGACAAUUUUACUUAAUUAAAGAA